UAACCAAACGCCCCCUAAAGCUAGAACUGGCGUUACUUGUACUCAAAAUACGGUUUCUUUUUCGAAACUUUGAUCUGUUGAACUUCAACAAACCCAUCAAACCAAACUGAAUGAAAAAAAAUGGAUUCCCUUUCUUUGUAUACUCUUUCAUUAAUUACUAUAACCAUCUUCUGUUUCAUCGACCUCGCCUUUGCUAGAGGUGGAGUUCAGACUUCUCUACUCCCAGGUAGACGAUUGUUGGAUGAUGAUUUCUCCAAAUCCAGGAAUGAUGUAGCUAAGGGAUACAUGAGUAAUGCUGAUUUAGAGAAUGCUAUUAUGGCAUUUGGUGAAAGGUGCAGUAACAUUUCGAGGAUAUACAGUAUUGGAAGGAGUGUCAAUGGAUUUCCGCUGUGGGUAAUAGAAAUAUCCGAUAAGCCUGGCAGGGAAGAGCCUGAACCUGCAUUUAAGUACAUUGGAAACGUUCAUGGAGAUGAACCUGUUGGACGCGAGCUUCUGAUACGUCUUGCAAACUGGCUCUGUGAUAAUUAUGUGAAGGAUCCACUGGCAAAAUUAAUUGUCAAAAAUGUACACCUUCAUAUACUACCAUCAAUGAACCCUGAUGGAUUUGCUCUUAGAAAGAGAGGGAAUGCCAAGAAUAUUGAUUUAAAUCGAGAUUUUCCUGACCAGUUUUUCGCUAUCAAUGACUUGGAGGACGUAAGGCAACCUGAAACAAAAGCAAUUAUGCGGUGGUUGAGAAGGAUACAAUUUACGGCCUCCGCCAGUUUGCAUGGGGGGGCUCUUGUUGCAAAUUAUCCUUGGGAUGGCACUCAGGAUAAAAGGAGGGAAUACUACGCGAGCCCUGAUGAUGAAACAUUUCAGUUAUUGGCUGGAGUGUAUAGUCAUGCUCAUUAUAAUAUGUCCAAGAGCAAAGAAUUUCCUGGAGGAAUCACCAAUGGAGCAGCUUGGUACCCCAUCUACGGCGGCAUGCAAGAUUGGAACUAUAUACAUGCUGGUUGUUUUGAAUUGACAUUGGAAAUAAGUGACAAUAAAUGGCCUAAUGCUAGCGAGCUAUCAACUAUUUGGGAGUAUAAUAGAAUGAGCAUGUUAAAUCUGGUGGCAACCACUGUGAAGACUGGAAUCCAUGGAAGGAUUUUCUCAUCAGAUACUGGGAGGGCAUUGCCAGCCUCUAUCAAGAUCAAGGAGUUAAAUCAGACAGUAAAAGCUGGACGUCUGUUUGCUGAUUACCAUCGUUUACUUGUACCUGGGGUAAAAUAUCAAGUGACAGCCUCAAGUCCAGGUUACAAGUCAAAAUCAACCACUAUAUAUCUAGAGGAGGAAGCCACAACAGGGGACUUCAUUCUCGAGCCAGAAAGCAAUAGUGUGGGGGGAGUAGUAGAAACUGGCUGCCCUUGCUCUGUCAACAGCAAAAAUAGGUUUGAAGUGGUUGAUAUUCUUGCUCACCCUCAAAUGGAAAUUUCUCUCGUCAUCAUUGUAGCACUUGCGUUCCUUUUGCUUUUGUAUAAAAGAAAACUCUGUUUUAGCCUCCGAAAACAUAGACAGCUAGCUGUGCCUAAAAGGCCGAUUCUUGUAUGAACAACAGGAAACUGUGUAACCUUAGUUAGCCUUUUACCGUGGCAAUGCUGUUAAGAGGAAAUUACGGUUUAGCUCUAAUUGUAGAAAUAUUGUAAGCUUUGUGUACUAAUGUCAAAAUAAGUUUUAGAA